CACGGAGCAGGGAACCAUCUAUCAAAUUUCAUAACAAAAUGGCAGCUGUCAGACGAGCCUUGAUUUUUGGUUCUGUUAUUUUGUAUACUUUCCGUGAACUAGCCAUCUGAUUGACUGCUGGACAAUCUCAGUUUUAAGAUGGAAAGCAAGACUGUUCCAAGCCUGCUGGAAGUGGGUGGGGAAGCUGAACCCCCAGAUAUUGAGAGACUGGACAAUGAUGAUGUUGAGUAUGAAGACGUGGAGGAACAAUUGGAAAAGUUUAGGAGACAAUGGAAAGAAGAGCUCACAGGCCAUCAAUCAGGCCAGACUGUCAGUGAGAAGGUAGCAGACGAUGAUGAGAAGGAGGCUGCAGCAUUAUUCCUGAUGGGGUCAAAGCUGGAGCAAGAGGGUGCUUUAUAUGAAGCGGUGAGUUUCUACCGGCGGGCCAUGCAGCUGGUACCUGACAUAGAGAUGAGGGUGAACUUUCCAAUGAAAAGUCCUCGUGAGCGACAGGAGAGUGAAAGCUCUGUCGACAGUUUUGAUGUUGAGGAUAGAGAGGCUGAUCUAGUGAUGAAAUUCCACCAUAUGCAGCUAGAAGAGAAACGACUCUGCUACCCAGAGUAUCAGCAAAGGGCCACGCACAUUUCCGCUCUGCCAGUUGAGGUGCUGAUAUACAUCUUCAAGUGGGUGAUAUCCAGUCAGCUGGACAUGAGGUCACUGGAGAGUAUCUCCAUGGUCUGUAGAGGAUUUUAUAUCUGUGCUAGAGACGAAGAGUUUUGGAAACUGGCCUGUCAAAGGUUAUGGGGCAGCAACAUUGGCAAGGUAAAGAAGUACGGUACCUACAGAACUAUGUACCUAGAGAGGCCCCAUCUACAGUAUGUAGGCUGCUACAUCAGCAAGAUGUCGUACAUUCGUCAAGGGGAGAACAGUGUGGAUGGUUUCUACAGCCCCUGGCAUCAGAUAGAGUACUACCGAUACAUCAGGUUCUUCUCAGAAGGCCAGGUGCUGAUGAUGACAAGCCCAGAGGACCCCUACAUGAGCCUACCUCUCAUGAAAUCAUUCGACACAAGGUCUGCUGGCAUGAUGAAAGGGCUCUAUAAGCUGUCCGGGAAUAGGGUCACUGCUGUGCUGAAGAGGGUUCAAGUGCAGGAGACUACAAACAACCGGUACAAGCGUAACUAUAGGAACCAGAAAAACAACAGCGAUAUGCAACAGACCUUUCAUAUUGAAUUAGAGAUCCAGAGCUCAGGGAAAAGAAAUGGGCACAAGCUGACGUGGGUGACCUACUCUGUGAGAACUUGUUAUAGGACAACAUCUGAGGAAACGGAAUCGAGCUUUGAGCUGACCAACCAGGCCUAUCCCCCUUUGCUGUUCUCACGAGUUAAAAGUUUUGCCACCAGCUCCAACAGCCCAAUUCUUUCAUAGCAAUUCUAGCUGAACUAUGAAGACAAUUUACUGCAGGAUGAAUUUAUGACGUUAUGGAUAUGAAGUGUCUACAUUUACUGACCACAAAAGUGGACAAGGACACCAUGUGAUUAUUACUAGUGGACAUGUUUGUGUUAUUUUUUACGGCUGGAUGAACCCACAACACCCAUCUACAUACUGCCAAAUUGGUGGUCAAUUUAAUUGAGAUGAUCUGCUUCAAUUUUAUUGGUUUUGACUGCUGAAAAAUUAUUUUCUAAAACUUGCUUAUGUUUUUUAUACAAGCGUUUUUGCUUACAUUAAAUUUUUGAAAAGUGGAUUGCUUGUGUGAAGUGGAACAUGUGAUACCUGUUUUGGCAUUCCUACUACAGAAAUGCUUGUUUAACCAAAUACUUAACCCAUUUAUGCCUAGCAUCUAGAAAAAAGGCCUUGGCAAACAGCAUAGACCCAGAUGAGACGCCACCUGAUGCGUCUCAUCUGGGUCUGCACUGUUUGCUUAAAGGAAUUUCUGUUAGAAAUAUUCUAAGUAUAGAAAUAUAUAUACUAGACAUCCCUAAUUUUUGAAAUAAAUUGAUCCAUUUUAGAAGAAUGGGAGAGUCCACUAGGUAUAAAUGGGUAAAACUGAUUCUUUACAAAUUUGAUGAGGUUCAUGUAUGUUGACCUGGGCUGGUAUUCAUAAAGCUCCUAAGGUAAAUCUUAACAUAAGCUGGAUUUAAGGGGACAUUUAAAAAUUCAAUUUUCUAUUGAAAUUCUGAUGAUUUCAGUUUUGUAAUGCCCAAAUACUGUUCUUUUAUGCAAAAUUUACCUGAAUAAACCUAUUAAAUGAAAAAAUACACCAAAAUGAAAGAGCAAAAGACUUAGGGAAUUUUUAAUUAUUUAAGGAAUUUUCUUAAGUUAACCUUUAGGUAUUUAUGAAUACCAGCCCAGCUUAACAUUUCCAUUUAUAAAAACUGCAAAUAACUUAUGAGUUGUGUUCUGAGAAAACUGGGCAUAAUGCAUGUGAGUUAAGUGUUGUCCCAGAUUAGCCUGUGCAGUCUGCACAGGCUAAUCAGGGACGACACUUUCUGCCUAAAUUGGAUUUUUGCUUAGAAGAGACUUCAUUUUACUGAAAAAUGUCAUAAAAGCGGAAAGUGUCGUCCCUGAUUAGCCUGUGUGGACUACACAGGCUAAUCUGGGACGACACUUUACACAAAUGCAUUAAGCCCAGUUUUCUCAGAACACGACUCUAGUUAUUACUCCAUCCGUGUAGUUCAGGUCUUCUGCAUAAGUUGAUAGUUUCUAAUGUGUACCAAAUGCUCCAUACAAAUCAUGCACAGUUAGGCUUAGUAGCUUGUUAUCCACCAACAGCAAUUGUAAGUAAAGAAAUCACUGGAAUAUGAUUCUAAUGAGAUAAAUAAUAGUAUUACAUUAAUCAUUAGUAGAUUAUUGACCUGUUCAUUUAUCAUAUAGUGCAUACUUUUAUUGGCACAAAUAAGCCUUACUUUGUAUACAUGUAUGCUACUUUAUUGGUAUGAUUUUAAAGACAUGAAUAAUUAAGUUACAUUUUAAUUGUGAUUUUAAAAAUGCAUUAUUAAAGGCUCUAUAUAGGUGAUGAUCCGUAAUUAUUUACCGAUUUUUUAAUAGAUUUUCAAUGUUUUGUUUAUAAAGGUUAUCAAAAAACAAUAUAUAUAUAUGCUAUUGGACAUAACCAUAAAAAUAUGAGCAAUACAACUUGUUUUGAGCUCAAAAUACAGUGUCCUCAAAGUCAAUCGUGUUUACAAACAAGCAGUUUAUUUACAUCGCUGUUUACUCGGGAAGGUGAAAGUGAAAGUGACUCAGGUCACCAAAAAUAUAUUGUUGAUUUUCAACGUUUUCUGGUAUCACUCACAAAGUAGGUCUCUUCUCAAUGGUUAAAACGUUUGUAGUGAUCUAAUAAGUUACUUUCUGCUGGUAAAAAGUUGUUUAAAAAAGAAUUAAAAUUGAAUGUUCUUUCAGCUAUUUUAGCAUACGUCACCGCUUUGGGGCUACACAUCACAUAAGUUGCAAAGUUGUAAACAUUUCUUCCAAUUAUGAAACGGGUAUGUAUCUUCCAUAAUUGUUGACAACGAUGCACCUAAGCUUUGUUAUUAGCAUCUCUAAUGCAAGAGUAACUGAAAUCCGGUAAAAAUUAGACCAGUUUAUAUGCAUAAUAAUUGGAUUUGUCACCUUUAUAGGGCCUUUAACUGAAUGCUUGUAUUGUUGGUUUUAAUUUAAUUUGUAUUACAAAAAGUAAUACAUUGAAUCUUGUAUGAAUGUAACAAGGAAUGUUCAUGUAAACUUUAUGAAUACAAAGGGAGGUGUAACAAAUUUGAACAUACAGAAACAGAGUGCCUAUAUUGUUUAAACCUAUUUAUUUUAUCUCAAUUGUAUAGAAAGCCAAAGGCAUAUUAUAAUUGAGCAGAUAAAUGCAUGAGUAUUCUUUGUAAGAGAUUACACAAGGAUUCUAAUAUGUAAACAAAACAUGUGUUAAAAUCAAAUUAAUGUUAUUCUGUUUAAAACAUACAAAUAACAUACCUUUUCCAAAAUUUAAAUUUACUCUUUUUCAUGGAUUGCACAAUAUUAAAUAAAUGUGUUCUAUAUAAAGACUUAAAGUCAUUUAACCUUAAAGUACCAAAUAAGCAUCCUUCAGCAUCUUUUUAACAGAAUGUAUACCAACUUCUUAAUUGCUUAACCAGACAAGACAAUGUCUGUUAGUGUAUAUAGUACUUCUAAUUGUAUUAUUUACGUAACAAAGCUAAUUUUAAUUAGUAGAACAUAUGUAAUCUUGAUAAACAAUGUUUAAUUUUAUACCAUUUUAAAUAUUUUUUUCUCGUACAUUUGUGUUGGCAUUUGGUGGUUGCAGAUAUUUAAUCUCCAUGAACCUUUGGGUUUAUUUCUUAAUUUUGUUAUUUCUUUAAAAUCAUUCUUUGUUGUCAUGUUGCAAUUGAUACUAAUUCUAAAGAGAAGCAGAAACCGAUUGUUCCAAAGUUUAUCUCGCCAUGUUUCGCAUCACUGCAUAUUUUGUUUCUGAUUAAUAGGUUUUCACAGUUUAAUUGUGCAGAUUGUUGCUUUAUACAAUUUUAUAAUUCUCAAGCUUGUUUCUAAUCAAAGAAUGCACUUGAUAUUGUACACAACUAUGUAUGCAUGUUUUAAGUGGGUUGGUUCUUCUGGGAUAAUUUUAUUGCUGAUCUGUCUUUACAUAUUGAUAUAUUUUACAUAGGAUUGUUCUGAUGUGUGGUUUGAUUAGCAUGCUGCUAUUUUAGAUUUCAGUCAUGUAAAGAUAAGUGAAUUUUUUACAUGAGAAAUUUAUAACAUGAAUAUUUUAAGAUGAUUAAGUUAGUUCACAGUGUAUCCAAAACAUUCAGUUAAGAAAAUUUAACACAUUUAUGCCUAGCGUCUAGAAAAAAGGCCUUGGCAAACAGCGUAGGCCCAGAUGAGACGCCGCAUGAUGCGGUGUCUCAUCAGGGUCUGCGCUGUUUGCUUAAAGUAAUUUCUGUAAGAAAUAUUCUAAAUAUAGAAAUAAAUAUACUGGACAUCCCUAAUUUUGAAAAUAAAUUGAUCCAAUUUAGAAGGAUGGUAGAGUCCACUAGGCAUAAAUGGGUUAACUUUUACAUACAUGUAUAAAGCUGAUGAUGUUUGUAAACAGUGUAUCCAAAACAUUGUUUAGAAAAUAUAACAUGUACAUUUCACGCUGAUUAAGUGAGUACACUGUGUAUUCAAAACACUCAGUCAUGCAUGUAACUUUCAUCAUUUUAGUUGAGAUAUUGUAUAUUGGUUAAUAUGUUAUAAACGUUUCUUAACCUUCCUCAGUGGGAUAAAGGCACCCAAAUUGUUUAUUAUGUGGGAUAUUCUGAUGCUUACAUGGUGCAUAAUGCAGCCACGGAAAUAGCCCGGUAAGUGUAACCCUUGUUUUGUUGAAUUUGCUUGCACUUGAAAUUGUGUUUGUUUAAGAAAUAAAUUACGAAAUCAGA